GUUACUUGAACAUUUGAAUUGAAAGUGAAUUGUCAGGACGUCUCAGGACGUCCUAGGAUGUUCCCAUACAAAAGAGGCCUCUAGGCCCUCUUCAAACGUCCUGAGAACCCCCCUCUAUAGGUCUAGAUAUCGGUUGUCCAAGGUGCACCUAGUUACAUUGAUCCCGUGAUGAUACUAGGUGCCACGGUCGGUCCUGGAAGCAAAAGCCUCGCAACAAUGGUUAAACCGAUCUUUUACGCAUCACUAAUUCCCUCUGCGCAGAGUGGUGAAUCAAUAAUUCUCUGGAGAAGCCUUCCUGUGCCGCUUUUCGAUGUCUCCUGUGAUCAACUGCGCUCGCACUCCUCAACGCCGUCCCACUCCCGCCUUCACCUGCUCGGAACACCGCAUGGAAUACACACCUUGAUUAGUCUGGGAUUCCUCGAGCCACGUUUCUGGAAGUUCGAACAGAAGGGUCGUGUUCACGGAACCGUCGCGUCAUGCCCCGAGAACCCUAAGUGCCAUUUGGAAAGCAGCGUGAUGGGAGGAUGGUGUCACAAAUUGGAUGACUCGGGGUCGGGGCAUUAUGUACAUGGGUGGCGCAGGCUUCAGUGGUGGCGAUCCCUUCUAUCCAUUCUCAUUGGAGGAAGAACUAAAGAACUGGUGGAAGUAGAGGGAUGGGAUGGGUUAAAAAUCGAACCGAGCCUCCAUUUCCCGCCCCUUUUCUCAUGUUAACGACAAUCCUAGCGAAUACUUCGCAGUUUGCGGGCUGAGCGACGACAUUUUUUUAUAUUAUAAUUAAGUAACUCUCUGGGACAAAGCGGUGCCUAGGCAUUAGACGAAGACCACGCACGACCCCUAUACCCAUUUGCAUUAC